AUGGAUGAAGUGAAAGAUAAAACUGGAGUACGGUUCGUAACUUUCAAUGUGAAUGGAGUAAGAACUCUUUUCCAACAUUAUCCUUUUAGUAGGAUGAACAAUUCAUUGAAACUAGCAUUCGAGUUGUUUCAAGCAGAUAUAGUGACACUACAGGAAUUGAAGAUAGAUGCUAAAAGUAUAUCUAAAUGGGGUAAAGUGGAAGGUUACCAAUCAUAUAUUACUAUAUCUCAAAAGAGGAAAGGGUACAGUGGGGUUGGAUGCUGGAUUCGUACACCAUCAGAAGAUGAUCCAUUAAGACAUCACUUAAAGGUCAUUAAGGCAGAGGAAGGAAUUACGGGGCUUCUCCGAGUGCAAGCUAAUGGCAUAUCCUAUCGUGAGAGUUCAGAAGGGAUUGGUGGAUAUACUGGUUUGGAUUUUGCUGAUGAAAACGACCUUCUUGAUAUUGACAGCGAGGGAAGAUGUAUCAUCAUCGAAUUGGCUUGUAAUGUUGUUAUCUUUUCAACAUACUGCCCUGCUAACUCGUCACAAACCGAAGAAGGAGAAUUGUCUCGGCUGACGUUUUUAAAGCUACUCUUCAAGCGGAUAAGAAAUUUGCACGGGUUAGGGAAGCAUGUCGUGCUAAUGGGGGACAUAAAUGUUUGCAGAGAUUUGAAAGAUCAUGCUACGGCACUAGAUGAAUCAUCUAUUUCUUUAUCUCAACAGAAGACGGGCUCUGAAAUUGAAGAAAAGUUUAAUGAGAAAUGCGUUCAGUUCAUCAUGGACCCAUCUCGCAUUGGAAGAAGGUUGCUUAAUACAAUGCUAUGCGAUUCCAUAAUUUCAAAAUAUGCACAAGAGGGUAUUUUAGUAGAUUCUACGCGAAAGAUACAGGGUAGGGACAGACUAAAAAUGUAUACAGUCUGGAAUACGUUGUUAAAUACUCGGCCGGUCAAUUACGGUUCUCGUGUUGAUUAUAUCUUUGUCAGCAAAGGAUUAAAGGAUAAUAUUACGGACGGUGAUAUUUUGACCACUAUUAUGGGAUCAGAUCACUGUCCAGUUUUUGCUGAUAUCAAGGUAGAUAACCUCGAACUUAAACAUGAAAGCUUCAAUAAGCCAAAAUUUGAGGCUGCCACGAGAUAUUUCUUGAACCAUGGGAACAUUUUAGAUAUGUUCCGCAAGGCCAAUCGCAAAAGCACCAGUCCUUCCACGACAAGCACGGGCAAAGUAGUAAAACCACUGAAUGUCAAGCAAUAUAACGGCAUGAAUGCUCUGGCCUCAGCAACAGUUUCCAAAGAUCAAAACAAAAAUGUAUCGAUACAGCCUCAGUCGCGCGUCAAGAGUGCACAUAUGAAGGCUUUCGAGGAAAUGCUUGGAAAAGCACCAGUUUGUGAACAUGGUGAAGAAGCUGUUCUUCGAGUCUCUAAGACUGACAAAAGCUUUGGUAAAAAGUUUUGGGUGUGCAAUCGAUCAAAAGGCGAAAAAGAUGAUCCAGAAGCAUCUUGUGGCUUCUUUCAAUGGAAGUAA